AUGACGGACAAGGAUGCGCAGGUGCAAGAGCAGGUCUACAGCGCUCUGUGCUGCCUGGCCCGGGCGGCGGGUGACUCGCUCCCUGCGUCCCCAGGGCUGGCCGCGGUGCUGCUGGACGCCAUGACGGACAAGGAUGCGCAGGUGCAAGAGCAGGUCUACAGCGCUCUGUGCUGCCUGGGGGCCAGCGCGCCGGAGGAGACCCUGCACGCCUGUGACGAGUAUCUGCGGCACCACGACAAGCUGGCCCAUCCCCACCGCAUAAUCCUCCUGCGGGCCAUGGAGACCGUGGUGAGGACCCACAUCGCGCAGCUGGACAAGAGCACGGCCAAGAUCGUCAUCUUCCUGGCGUCCAGCGAGAUGACCAAGUCCAAGUCUAUGAGUCUAUACGGGCAGCAGGCAGCGAGCAGCGUCCUGGUGGCAGCGGGCAAGCGUUUCAUCAACCAGGUGAUGGAGGAGGUGCUGACCAAGUUCCAGCCGGGCGUCCUGCCCCAUUACUUCGUCCUGCAGACCUUUGCAGACCUGUCUGUGUCCAACGGCUUUCAUCAAGGGGAAGUUGACCUUUGCCUGGAUGGGGAUACGCGCGAGAGGCCUGGCCAGCAAAGCGCCUGCUUCCACAGGGAGGGAGGCCGGGCCAUUCCUGGGCACCUUCUUGGUGCUGUCCCGCGGCAACGGCCUCCUGUCUGCGGUUGGAAGCCCAGUGGGUCCGACUGCCCUGAGGGCUGCUGCCCCCCUCCCCCCGCCCUGAGGGCUGCGUUGCACCGUCUUUCCGAGCAGAGCUUGGCCCAGAUUCUGGAGGCUUCUGUCAACGUUGGCAGCCGCACGCUGGACACGCAGCUGGACGCCCUGCUGAGCACCCUGCAUCCCCAG